GAUUCCCAGACCGCAAGCGCUGGACGAUUCGGCCUGGAGUCCAGGACGGCGCAUGCGCUCCGCUCUCCGGCAGUGACUCCCGGACGGCGCAAGCGCAGAGAAGUGCCGAGUUGGUGGUGAAGGUGUCCGUAUUUAGUGGCAGAAAACGUGCUUUGUGCUGACCUUAAACUUAGCCUAGAAACCCAAUAAUGACGGACAAUAAACGGCUCGCGUAUUCCAUCAUUCAGUUUUUACGUGACCAGCUCCAGUCUGGGAAUCUGACUUCAGAUGCUCAGGAGAGCUUAGAGGUUGCAGUCCAGUGUUUGGAGACAGCUUUUGGCAUCUCCAUCGAUAAUGAGGAUCUUGCUGUAUCUCGGACACUCCCAGAGAUUUUCACAGCUGCUGUUGGUGAGGAGAUACCGAAUGUGACUGUGGACUCUGUGCCUACUUCUCCAACUGUUGAAGAUAUCUCAAAAGCUGAGCAGCUGAAAACUGACGGAAAUGAACAAAUGAAAGUAGAAAAUUACCAAUGUGCUGUGGAUUACUACACAAAAGCCAUUGAAUUGAAUCCGAGCAAUGCAGUUUAUUAUUGCAACAGGGCAGCGGCAUUGAGUAAAUUAGGAAACUAUACUGGAGCAGUGCAAGACUGUGAAAAAGCAAUAGCUUUUGAUCCGAGCUACAGCAAAGCUUAUGGCAGAAUGGGGUUGGCUCUGGCUAGUCUAAAUAAAUAUAGUGAGGCAGUUAAUUACUACAAGAAGGCUCUGGAGCUGGAUCCUGAAAACGAAUCUUACAGAGCAAACCUCAAUAUAGCAGAACAGAAGAUCAAGGAUGCACCAAGUCCAACAGGAGGCAGCGGUGGGUUCGAUCUGGCAAGUUUACUGAAUAACCCAGGCUUCAUGAAUAUGGCAUCAAAUCUAAUGCAGAAUUCGCAAGUACAACAAUUAAUGUCUGGAAUGAUGUCUGGGUCCUAUGGUCCAGUAGGAGCUGGGGGAGCAGGACCUGGGACAGGAGCCAAUGAUAUUGCAGGCCUCAUCCAAGCAGGACAGCAGUUUGCACAGCAGAUGCAACAGCAGAAUCCAGAGCUAAUUGAACAGUUACGGAGCCAAAUCCGGAGCCGAACCCCCAGUGCCAGCAACGAGGAACAGUCCUAACAGAAGGCAACAUGAGUGCUGUUUGACAGUGAUGUGCAUCAGUCCAACCCUUACUACUACAAAUUGAAGUCGCUUGUUCUUCACUUUGCCAUCAGGAACUUGAAGUAAUGAUUUGUACUGUCACUUGCAUGUUCAGGCGGAUCUUUAAAGCGGAGAGCUGACAAUUUGUAAAUACGGAAUUUAAAAAAAAUACUGGGUUUCAAGCUUGCAAAAACCACUAAUUGACCUUUUUGUGGAAUUUAUGUAUUGAGCUUUCUGUGAUUCUCUAAAGUUUUAAUCAGAAUGUUCACAGAGGAACACAUAGCUGCUCGUUAGCUUCUCCAGAACGUCUGUCAUCGUGUAAGAUUCUACUGUUCUUCUUAAAAACAACAGAAGCUAAAAGCAGUGGCUCCAUAUCUCGCCUUCUCAAUACUGACAUUUUUUUGUCUGAAACAUUGUUUUCCAGCAUUUCGUCUGUUCAGGAGAAUGGAACAGCAGAAGCCAUAUGUAUAAAUACAAACUAAUUCAGCUUA